AUGAGGUCAAUUUAUGUUCUGCUCCUGGGCGCAGCCGCUACCGUUAGCGCUGCGUUGAACUCGUCGUCCUCUGUGCCUUGGGCAAACCUUACAAUAUCCGCCCCUGUGAACGGUCGGUAUCUAUACCGCACGAGCAAUGACGAGCCUUUCUUCUGGCAGGCUGACACAGCCUGGGAACUGUUCCAUCGUCUCAACCGUAGCGAUGCCGACUUUUACCUUCAAGAUAGAGCAAGCAAGGGCUUCAAUGUGGUGCAAGCUGUGGCUAUCGCAGAGCUGAACGGCACAACCUGGCCCAACUUCUUGAGGCGUAUUCUAGAUGGAGAUCUUCCCUUGAUUGACAAGGACCCAAUGAAGCCUAACGAAGCUUACUUUGAGUACAUUGAUUGGGUCGUCAAUCGCGCGGCUGAGUAUGGCAUUCUUAUUGCGCUGGUACCGACCUGGGGUGCAUAUAUGAAUUGUGGAUGGUAUAACCAAUCUUGGGUGAUAUUCAACCAUACCAGUGCCGAGUGGUACGGAAAUUACAUUGGGACACGCUACCCUGGGCUUCCUAAAAUCAUUGGUGCCGACUCCAAUGGCUUCUGGUCCUGCAACAUAUCCGAGGCAUCAAGUGAGUGGGAGGCAGAUCCAUCACUUGAUCAGGCCAGCCUGGUUGGUCCGAUUCGGGACUGGAGAUCCGUCUUUGCCCGUCUGGCGGAUGGGCUGAGGGAGGCCGAAGCUAAGAAGGGGUUCACUUCUUUUAUCGCAUGGCAUCCGACCAACGUACAGGAGAUUGGAACGGACAAGCCUUAUGGUCACAACUAUAUGAACGGCAGCUUUGGUCGACUGUCCAUGGAUGCCGUACAAUCUGGGCAUACGCUUGCGGAUCACACGUCGCUCGCACAAGAAUUCUACGCCUUGCAGGAAUGGGAUAGCACCAAAAACUACAACAACAUUACCGAGAUGCGAGCUGCCUUUCCGGGGCCUGUCAUCGACCUUGAGAAUCACUACGAAGGUGCUCACAUCGCUUUCAACGCCUCAUUGCCCCUGUGGAACACAUCAAUAGUGCGGCACGGCCUUUGGAACGCCUUCCUGUCCGGCUCGGCUGGAUUCACCUACGGUGCACAGGCUGUUUGGCAAAUGUAUGCACCCGAGUCUGAGCUGGCAUACUCUUGGCUCUACAUGCCGCCGAGGCUGACUUUGGCGGCCAACGAGUCGUGGCGUGAUGCGCUCAAGUAUCCAGGCUCUACACAGGCAGGGUACUUGCAGCAGCUUUUCAGUGGGUUAGACAAGGAGAUGUUCAACAGCCUGCAGCCGAACAGAACCUUUAUCAAGACCCCUGGCAGUUCAGAUGGCGAUAUUCUGAGCUACCAGGCAAAUCGCUACGUGGCAGCUCUCGUUGGGCUCCGGCAGUAUUGGCUGUACACUGGAUUCGGCGAUGCUUUUGACCUGGAUCUUGAUGCGCUUGGCCAGCAGUUUGGGGAGGUCAAAGGUGAGGCCAAGUCAGAAUGGUUUGAUCCUCGCACUGGAAAAGCCCAGAACACUACGAGCUCUUUCCAGCUCUCAGGGAGGAAGACCUUUGAGCCACCAACUGGCGGCAGUGUUGACAAUGAUUGGGCCUUUGUACUUACAUUGGUUCCAAAAAUAUUCCUUGACUUGUUGGAACUGAGAUCUAUGCGCAAGAAUACCCAUCUCAACUAUUAA